AACCAACGUUCACUCUCAAACAAACAGCGUUACCUACGCAGACACUCUUUUCAACGUCCUUUAGCAAGUCCUUCAGCAAGAUGAUGCUCCCAAACGGAAAAGAGAACGCUACCUUUCAAGAAGACCUCAGCAAUGUCCUAGUCUGCCCUGAGUGCAACAUCAACCCGCCUAACCUAGUCGACGAGUGGUCCAGCGGCGACACAGUAUGCUCAGACUGCGGCCUCGUGGUCGGUAGUCGCAUCAUCGACACGAGAUCCGAAUGGCGUACUUUUGCGAACGACGACCAGGGAGGUGACGAUCCCAGCCGUGUCGGUGGCCCUCAAGAUGAGUUCGUCGAGGGACAGCAGCUCGCUACCACUGUAGCCUUUUCCGACCUCAAGGCGCACAAGGCUCUGUCGCGAACCCAGAACAACACCACACAGGACAAGGCGCAAAAGGGUCUCAUGCUCGCGUAUAAAGAAAUAGUCUCUCUUUGUGAAGCUAUCAACAUGGGACAGAACGUUUCAAACGCCGCCAAACACAUAUUCAAGCUCGUCGACAAGCACAAGUUCCUCAAGGGAAAGCCACAAGAAGCCGUCAUCGCAGGUUGCAUUUUCAUCGCCUGCCGACAGAACAACGUACCUCGAACCUUUAGGGAAAUCUUCAACUUGACUAGUGUGAGCAAGAAGGAAGUCGGUCGAGUCUUCAAACAACUCCAGAGCUUCUUACAAAAGCUGCAGGAGACGGAAGGCGAUGCUACAGGUCUCAACACAGUCACCAACUACGAGAACACAUCAGUGGGCGCCGAGGAUCUUUGUGGUCGUUAUGUGUCCCAGCUUGGACUUCUGAACCAGCAAAAGGUGGCCAAGAUCUCUCGCGACCUAGCCGAGCAGGCCAACGACAUCAAGGAUCUUGCCGGACGAUCGCCGCUGUCGGUGGCUGCAGCAUGUAUCUUCAUGGCAUGCCACGUUGUUGGAGAAGCCUGCCCUUCACACCUGAUUGCCAAGCAAGCUGGUGUUAGUGACGGAACAGUCAAGACAGCAUACAAGUAUCUGUAUGCCGCACGCAAGCAACUGAUUAAGAAGGAAUGGCUUGUUGAUAACGGCACCAGCAUGGAAUCUCUGCCUCAGGCUAAUGCGGCGUCAUGAAUAUCCACUACCUAUUCAAGGACAGGAAAAGGCACUUUUAUACCUCGGGGCUCUAAUUUCAGGCGGCGUUUGGGGAGUUGACGACGAAUAGUCUUAUUGUUCUCUUGUUUCCUUCCUUUAUUUUCACUGCUUUCUUCUUCUAUUCGAAUUACUAUAGCGACGAACCUUAUCAAACAAAUAUCAACAUGUGGCUUCGAGGCAGAAGAAAACUGGACUCUGGUAGUAUACGAGACAGAUCAGAAUGCAAGCUCUUGAACCAUUUACUCUCCAGAUGCUGGAUAAUACUGGGUCUUUUUUUUUACCUUUUAAGUCUCCUCAUCUCCCCCUGGAUUUCGAGUCGUCCCAUGUUCGGAAAAAACCUAGCAUGCAGAAAGGAAGAGUGACUUGCAUAUACCGUGGUACAUUACGCUAUUAUGUAGGAGGGUGGCACCCAACGUCAUGAAGAAUGGAAUGUUUUGGUACACCCCCGAUGAUUUCCUCGGCUUUUUUUCAAGGGUCACUUGCAUGGCAUGUGUGUGUGUGUGGGAGGAAGAAAAUCUGUUGUUAGGAGAUCGCGAUGCUAUGCGUAUGCUAAUAGUAAUCACUAUUUCCCCAUAGGGGUUGCAUGCCAUCUGUCACAUAGCAUCAUAGCAUAACAUCACCUUGAGCACAGAGUCUUGCGUUGCUUCGUUUAUGCAGAGAUACACAACGUACAUGACGUGAAGAGCCU